AUGAGUGCGCCAGAGAAACGCCGACGUCUUAACGAAGCUCUUGCUCAGGCAAUCGGAGCUAGUAGUGCGCAAAAGGCUGAAAAUAUAGCGAAACCGAUUGGAUUAGCAUUAAAAAGUGAUGAACAGUCAGCGUUGCAACUUUUGCGAAACGUUAAUGCUUCACAACGCCCGAAAGAUGUUCUUGACGCAACCCUCGAGAAUUGUCAGCGAAUGGACGACGAGGCGACCGUCAGCGAGCCGUUUUUGGCGUUAUUCCGCACAUAUUUCCCAAUUUUGGGCAUUGAUUCUGCCAUCAGCACGUUCAAUCAAAUCAAGGAUUCGCUUCGAUCAUCAUUAGAUCGUACCGACAGCACAAAUGAGGUGGCGAUUUGUUGCGAAUUUCUAAAAAGGGCCAAUCUACUUGGUCAUGGAUUCACGAAGCUUGUCGAUCAAAUUCGGGCAAGCCUUCCCGAACUUAUCAAAAAGUUGUGGGAGGACGAAAGAGAGGAUGAAGCUGCGCAACUUUGCUACAAUUUGAUCUGCCUCCUUCUCGCCGAACAUUGCUAUCGAGACGAUGGAAUUGGAGAGGAGCCUUCUGGAGUGUUUGACUCUCAGAUUUACUGCGAAGACAUGAAAGAGAGCAUAAUUAUGGCGUUGAUUGGGGUGUUGGCGCAUAGCCAAACCGAGGACAAGUCGAAUAUUGAAUGGGCUCAUGAAACAUUGACAAACAUCGAUAUGCCGGAGCUCAUUGAGCCUAUUUUUGACAUGAUCUUUGAAGUUUUUACGAAUCAUUUGGAGCAUUAUGCGUAUGCAUUGAGCCCGAACGCGUUUUUUAACGUUUUCCAGCAAUUAUUAUAUUAUUCCCUGGAAAAUAAAAAGGUCGAGGUGAUAAUUCGACGAUUGAGCUCCGCCGAAAUGGCGCUUUUCACAGCGAGACCCGAAUUUUUUAAAGGAAUUGGAGAUAUUCUACUAGAUGUGAUUCUGAAUAGCGGUCUUCCGACGGGAAUGGAUGAAUUGGUGCCGGCAAUCAGUGAAAUCGUUUCCGGAGAAGCAACGAAAAAGGAGAUUUUGAAGCUUCUUAAAGAAAAUAUUAUUGCCGGUGACCGAAUUUCUCAUGAAAAUGGCGACGAAAUGGAGACUGAAGAUGCUUCGAGAAUUGUCGAUGUUUUGCGAUUUGUUCAUUCCCUAUUUGACUGCUUCGCUGAUCCGCUGGCAAUCGGCGCCGUCGCGAUUCUCCUCAAUUUUCUCUACACGAAACUUUCGCAUUUUGCCGAGAUUUUUGAAAACCUUCUUGAAAAAUGUCUGAAAUGUGCGAAUAAUGACUCGUUUGGUGUCGUUUAUGAAGUGCUCCAGAAGAUUGCCAAAAAGGAAUUGACUGAUGACGAGUCGAAUCCUCCGAAAUCGCGAUUGCCGUCAAAACGAAUCUACAAAAUCAUGAAAUCGAUCAAGAGGCGAGGCGAAUCGCUUCAAGACCCCACUGUGAAUCGUAGCGCUCAAGAAGUCAACGAUGUAUUGUCGGGGUUUGAAGAUUCUGAGUCAGACGGCGAGAAAUGUGAAAAAGUGAUUGAAUUGAUAAGAAAUGUGCAUCGAAUUGAGACCAAAAAAGAUAUUUUCGAAAGCCUUGCGAAAUUCCUUGAGAACUUGUCUGGUGGUUCGACUCUCAAAGAGCUCGACGUUUUCAAAAUUCUGAUUGAGACUUAUGGCAACACACAUUUGGAGCCGCUUUGCGCACAAUUGGUGAUUUCAAGAGUCGCCGCUGACCGCUGGUCUGAGCUUGAUCGAUUGAGCACAAACGAGGAGGUUGAGGAGCCGUCGGAGGAGAUUUGGUAUCAAAUCAUUGUCAAAAUGAUUGAAUUGUUGGAUGCGAUGAUCAAAUCGGCGAAGAAUUCGAUUAUUCGACAAUUCACUGCGGUGUUUUGUCAAUUUUAUACGAAUGUUCUCAAGAAUACACAAAAAUUUCUGCGGAAUAGCAUGAACGCGUCGCAAUCGAAAACAUUCACGGACCAUGAGGAAUAUAUUCGGGUCUUGAAGCGACACAAGUUGCAACAGGAUGUUGCUAGAAUUGUCGACUCGAUGAAACGCCAUGAGUCCUAUUUUGCAAUGCUGACGGCGUCAAUUAUAGCAGAUGGUGUUUUCAACGGCCAACUGACACUUUUGGCGAUGGCGAAAUUGCAUUCGUUGGCUGAGAAAAAUGCAUCUGCACUUCUUGCCACGAAUCUUCCAGUUGUUGAAAGAACGCGAUAUAAAAAAUUCCUGCCGAUUAUCACAAGAGCCGGAAAAAGGAUUUAUUAA